AUGGGCUCAGUCACCACUGAACAUGCCGAGGCGGCGUCCCUCAUUGUGGUACCGAGUGUAGUGGAAGAGCCAAUGGCUUUGCAUGGCCGCUGCGUCACGGGCGAGUGGGCGCUGCAGUGCGCUGAGCAGCAGAUGUUGCUCGACCCUGCUGCCUUCGGAAGAGUUAACGGUUACAAAAGAGGGAGGGAAAGUGAUGCGGAUAAUAAGGAUUACAGUGGUUCUGAUGAUGCUGAAAAGGAGGGGACGAGCAGUACAGAGACCUAUGUGGGGGACGGCGGUGAUGACGAUGGACCGCGGAGCACGUUGCAGCGCUGGGAAUAUGGAUACCGUUACGGGUAUUGUCUCGAUAUGUGUCGUUGUUUCCUUGUGUGUUCUUGUUUUUCCCACAGCCUACGUGUGGGUAAAGUGGUUCCCCUCCUCCUGUUUCUCCCGCUUGGGCAUCACGCUUCUCUCUUGAAUGGUCGUUAUUGUUCUAAUUCAUUCUUGCUGCACACUCAAGGUGCUAUGUGGAUGUAUAACUCGCCCCUCGCCGUCGACCAGCGCACGUGCCCUUCAUUUGUUCUCGCGCAGCAGGAGCGCCGCGCCUGUUCGCUUUCAGAGGCACUGGGCAACAUGCCGCUCGCGCUGCGCGACCCCGCACUGGACGGCCCUGCGGCGCGGCGAAGUGAGAGGUCGGGGCCGGUGCGGCGGGCG